AUGGUCCUCUCCAUUGAACAUUCGCAUUCUCCUCCUGCGACAGACCGAGGCAGACCGUCGCUGCGGACCUUCGAUAUGACCAAUGCAACAGUCCUUUCAAAGAAUGAGCUGGAAAUUCGCCUCCGGAACGAGAAACAACUGGUGGAUGAGGGUGUCAUCAAGGAGGACAAUCCUCUUGACCUCAGCCUGCCAUUUCGCCAACUCUGCGAUGCUUGUCGGAAGGGCGACUUAAAGGUGUGUCAGGAGAAAAUUAACGAGGGGGUUAAUAUAAAUGCUCGGGACCCAUAUGAUUAUACUCCGCUUAUUCUGGCUAGUCUUUGUGGACAUUUUGAUGUGGUGCGACUUCUUCUUGAAUCCGGUGCUUUGUGUGAGCGAGAUACGUUUCAAGGUGAACGAUGUUUGUACAAUGCCUUAAACGAUAGAAUACGCAAUCUCCUUCUUGAAUAUGACUAUUCCAAGUCUACAGAUCCUCUUCAGCCACUAGCUGCUCACAUCUCUUCGCUUCUGGCUCGAGACCAUCCUGUGACGUCGGAUAUCGUUGUGGCCGCCGCCGACGAGUCGCUUCAUCUGCACAAAUUUAUCCUCGCAGCGCGAUCAUCUUAUUUCCGCAAGAAGCUAGGCGCGGCUCCAGAAACGCCAUUAUGGAAGUUACCGAGUGCUAUUCCCCCACAGGCCUUUGGUGCAGCAAUCAAAUACCUUUACCUUGGAGAAGUACCUCACGAUUUUCGAAGCGGACCCGGUACGGGAUAUACAGAAUCAGACGUUCUGACAGGGCUUGACAAGAUCGCCAGGACCUUGGAGAUCGAAGGUCUCUUGGAUACUUUAAUUGCCAAUGGGGAUCGCAGGUUGACCAGGCAACGGAGAACGGCAGAAGUGGCCAAGGGCCAGCAGCAACUGAAGGAAUGGUUUCAGCAGAACGUUCUUCAGAAUAAGGUGGUCGUUGAUAUAUCCAAAGCAAAUGAUGUGAAGUGGGAUCGCAAUAAUGCGGUUUUCGCGGAUGUCUUGCUUCGAGCAGACGAGUCACCGGAAGAUUUGGAGGAAGAGAACGGGGAGGUACCCGAGAUUGCAGAGCGUGGUGGCUCUAUUCCAAUCGGCCCUGCUGCAGCAUCUGCAGUCAGUGUGGAAAAGGGUCGAAGUCGGAAAUCGACACUCUACCCUUGCCAUCGAGCAAUGCUGCUCCGCUCGGAGUUCUUCAACAGCAUGUUUUCUUCUACUUUCCGCGAAGCUCAUGUGAAGGAUUAUUUGCACAUCGUUCAGGUGGACUGCUCCCCCGAAGUUCUUGAAAUCAUCCUUACCUUCCUUUACGUGGAAGAAGUCAUCAUCCCGCUGGACCUGGCGGUCGAUGUGCUCUUUGCCGCUGACAUGCUUCUGAUCGAAAAGCUGAAAACGAAAGCGGCGGUGGCCAUCAGUAUGGGCGGCAGCGGGAACAUGUCUCAAUCGGAAGCCUCAAAAACCAGGACGGCCAAGGAGGAAGAAGAACUGGACAUCUACUCGAUCAUACGCGCGGCAUGGUUAACGCGUAUGCAGCGAUUGGAGGAAUUCGCCGCACGGUACAUCGCGUACCAUCUAGAGGCGCACGUUGACUCUGCCGAAUUCGCAGAGCUUAUCCGGGAAUCUGCGGCGCGUAUCCAGGGGAGACAGGAGACAGACUCGAUUGAAUUGUUGGAUGACAUCAGAUACUACCUCGGGGAGCGAUACCGGCUACGAUUUGACGACGCGGGGCUCGAGGAGAUGAUGACAGGAAGGGAACAGGAGGAGGAGGAGGAGGAGGGAGGAGGAGGAGGAGGAGGAGGAGGAGGAGGAUGGCGUUGGCCAGGUCACUAACGGAGUUGAAACGCUUGACGUUUCAGACGGUGAUGCUGGCAGGCGCACGGCAGAUAGUACUGUUCCUAGCACGACAGGAAAGGCAGCUCCAAGAACAGCGGGCCGCGGGCCUGACGUCAGGACGUUGGACGGACGAGUCGCGACGGACGAGUUCGCGAGGGACGCGACGAACUACCAGAUCCUAAUGGAGAAGCUGGACCAGCUUCUGGAGCGUCUGGGCUUGGAGGCAUAGUCCAAGUCUAUAGACACGUGACGACGAUUGACGUACGAUUUACAGGAGGACUACUGGCAUUACGGAGUAUAUAUAUAGGAUAGAGCUGAGCAUGCGUUGAAAUAGAGCACUUUUGAUAUACAGCUAGUCUUCUUUGAAAGUACCUGGAGUUCCUGCUGUCUAGGCGGCUGUCCAGGCUCCAGUUUC